GCAGAAGGGGGAGUGUGAUCCAGCGACAUCUCUGGGUCCGGGCGGCUGCUGUGGCUGCUGCAGGGGGAGGGGAAAGAGCCGGAGCGAGUCCUGCUUCUGCCGCUGCUGGAGGAACGGCCAGCGGCAGCAGCCCAGGGAGAGGAGCAGGAGAAGGAAAGGAGGAGGGGAAGGAAAAAAAGCCGCUUGCAACUUGCACACCGGGCGUCACCUUGCAACCGCUCGCUCGAGGUGUGCAAGCAGCCGGUGGGAGCAAAGCAAAAGGAAAAAGAACAUUAUUAUAAUUUCCAAAUAAAACGCGGCAAGGCAAGCAACUCAAGCGAAGCGACACACCCCCACCAUGGUGCAGCAAGCGGAAAGUCCAGAAGCCGAGAGCAACCUGCCCCGAGAAGCGAUGGAUACGGAGGAAGGCGAGUUCAUGGCUUGCAGUCCGGUGGCGCUGGACGAGAGCGACCCGGACUGGUGCAAAACGGCCUCGGGCCACAUCAAGCGGCCCAUGAACGCCUUCAUGGUGUGGUCCAAGAUCGAGCGGAGAAAAAUCAUGGAGCAGUCGCCCGACAUGCACAACGCCGAGAUCUCCAAGCGCCUGGGCAAGCGGUGGAAAAUGCUGAAGGACAGCGAGAAGAUCCCGUUCAUCCGCGAGGCCGAGCGGCUGCGCCUCAAACACAUGGCCGACUACCCCGAUUACAAGUACCGGCCGAGGAAAAAGCCCAAAAUAGACCCGUCCGCCAAGCCCAGCAGCGCCAACAACCACAGCCCGGAGAAAAACACACCCACCAGCGGCGGCGGCGGCAGCGGAGGAGGCGGCAACCACGGCAGCAGCAGCAGCAGCAAAAGCGCCAAAAGCUCCAGCAAGAAAUGUAGCAAAGGGAAGACGUCGUCGUCUCCGCCGAAGCCCGGGACGAAGCUGGCGGCACACCCGGGCGACUACGGCGGGGACGAGUACGCCCAGUUCGGCGCGCUGAAAGGGGGCGGCAAGGCGGCCAAGUGCGUCUUCCUGGACGACGAGGACGACGACGAGGAGGACGACGACGACCUGCAGCUGCGGAUCAAGCAGGAGGACGACGAGGACGACGACGACGAGGAGGAGAGCCGCCGGCAGCAGCAGCAACAGCAGCAGCUGCGGCGCUACAGCGUGGCCAAAGUGCCGGCCAGCCCCACCUUGAGCUCGUCGGCCGAGUCGAGCGAAGGCGCCAGCCUGUACGACGAGGUGAGGGGCGGCGCUGCGGCGCACGGCGCCAGCGCGGGCCGCCUGUACUACGGCUUCAAGAGCAUGCCCAAGAGCGCCCCGCAGGCCGGCCUGCCGCCGGCUUCCUCCCGCUCGAUCUCCACUUCCUCUUCGUCGUCCUCCUCCUCCAGCAGCGGCAGCAGCAGCGGCGGCGAAGAGGCCGACGACCUGAUGUUCGACCUGAGCUUGAAUUUCUCGCAGCACCCGCACGCCGCCUCCGAGCUGGGCGUCGGCUCGGCCGCCGGGAACCUGUCGCUCUCGCUGGUGGACAAAGAUCUGGAUUCGUUCAGCGAGGGCAGCUUGGGCUCCCACUUCGAGUUCCCCGAUUACUGCACCCCGGAGCUGAGCGAGAUGAUCGCGGGGGACUGGCUGGAGGCGAACUUCUCCGACUUGGUUUUCACCUACUGAGAGAGCAGAAGGACGAGGAGGAGGAGAAGGAGAAGCGAUGGGCAGGUGAACAAGCUGAGAGCGAUCAAAAGGACUGGGAAGCAGAAAGAGGGGCAGAUCGGGGAAAGAGAGAUGCUUACACGCUGAAAAGUGGUGGAGUUUUGAAGUAACGACGACAAAAAAAAUGUCUUUGGGUUUUUUUUCCUUUUCUUUUUUUUUCUAAGUCUUGAAGUUAGUUCCAAACCGAGUCUGGAGUUGUGAUUUUUUUUUUCCUUCCCGUUUUUGUUAUUUUUCCCUUCUGAUUUUAAUUGGUGGUCGCAACAGCAGCAGCAAGGAGAGAAGCAGAAAAAAGCAAAUGGGACUGGGGGUUACAAAGAUACAGAAGGCGCUGUUUGAAGCUUGUGGGUCUUGCGAUUGAAGUCUGGAAGAUGGUCUGCAAAAAAACGAAGAAGAAAGUCUUUUGGCAGCACAACUAUUACUCAAGGGGGUUUGUGGAUUUUUUUGUUUCUCCUACAAAGAUUUUUAAAGGACCGUUCUGAUUUUUCUGAUAUAUUUCUCUCUCUUUCUCUCUUUUUUUAUUUGUAAAAGGGACCAUUGCAACUGUUUUUGUUUGUUUGGAGGGAGAAAACUGAUGUCUUCUAUGCAUCCGAUUCUUAACAAAGCUGCAGGGAGCUUGGAAAAAAAAAAUGCAGACUGUACAAACGCUUACAAAAAACAAAAACUGUGAACUGACUUAAGAUCAGAGUUUACUUUUCAGAUCAAAUUGUUUAUGGUUUUACAAAUGUGAUUUCUACUUGCCAACUUUUUUUUUGUAACUUGUUCCCUUAUACCUCCUUGAUUGAAUACCAGACAGCCUAGACCUCAGUACACAAAGGUAUUGAAACAUUUUUGAUACAUAACAGACCUCAGUCUUUUUUAAAAAUUAAUAUAUUUUCAGGCGUAUUUUUGUACAGUGAAAGGGAACAUUCUUGCUGUGUUUUUUCAGUAAGACUUUUCAGGCACUUCUUCCCUUUUAUUUUUAUGUUUUAUUUUUUUUCCUCUGUUUUUAGCAUGCAAGUUAUAUGGGUACGUUUAUGUCCUGGUUUUAAAAGGAUUAAAAAAAAAUCCUUGCAUCUAAAGGCCUUGUGGUUUAAAAAGAAAAAAAAGAAACACUUUUUUUGUACAGCUAUAGUUCAGAUUUGUUCAAUAUUUGUAGGUAAAGAUUUAUUGAAAAUGGUGAUAUAGACCUCAGAGCUGUUAUCUUAGUUUAAAAGAUUGUAUAUGUACUGUACUAUAGUAGGAAUUUAUGUAUCUCAUACGCUGUGAUAUGUGGAUGGGGGCCCAGAUGGAAGGUAUGAAACUGGAUUCUCGACUUUUUUUUUAAGCAAAAAAAAAGAUGGAAUGGGAAAAAAGAAAGGCACAUAGUAAAAGUUUCUCAUUUUGUGCAAUAUAGAAGUACAGACCAUCUGCGUAUUUUGUAGCAAACAGUGGCAAAAAAGCAGACUUGUGCACUGUCGACAUCAUUGCCUGUUUGUUUGUUUUUUUUUAAAAAAAGAAAGAAAUGCUGAAAGUCUGUAUCUUGACAAUUUUAAUAAAUCAGCUGGAACUGAUAG